GACCGCAUUGCGGUCCUACUAUUUUAGACGGGACAAGAUGUGAAAAUUGCAAUAAAAUGACCAAGAUAAAGAAUUUAAUGAGUUUUGUGACCCAGUCACGGGCCAUUUCACACCCCAAUCCCAGGGAGCACAUCCUGAACUGCCUGACCUAUGGACUUCUGGUGAUCGUAGCCCUCUGCGCGGGUUUCCUGCUGUGGGACCUCUCCAACAGUCCCCGCGAUGGGUUCUUCCACGGGAAAAGGGACUCGCACAAACUGAUCCUGGACCUGGAGCACAUUCAGGAGGUCUCCCUGAACCCCGAGGGCGAGCAGCGGGCCCGGAACGUCAACUGCACCUUUUGGGACUGCCUGAACAUAUACAAGUGCGAGCACGACCGCCUGAAGGUCUACAUCUAUCCGCUGCAGGAGUUUGUGGACGAGCGGACCGACAAGGUGGCCACCACGCUGUCCAGCGAGUACUUCCAGAUCCUCGAAGCGGUACUCAAGAGUCGCUACUACACCUCGAAUCCGAAUGAGGCGUGCCUCUUCCUGCCCAGCCUGGAUCUACUCAACCAGAAUGUCUUCGACAAGCACUUGGCAGGUGCAGCUCUGGCUUCCCUGGACUUCUGGGACCGGGGAGCCAACCACAUCAUCUUUAACAUGCUGCCCGGCGGAGCUCCAUCAUACAACACCGUGCUGGAUGUGAAUACGGACAAUGCCAUCAUCUUUGGCGGUGGCUUUGACUCUUGGUCGUAUCGACAGGGCUUUGAUGUCGCCAUUCCUGUGUGGAGUCCGCGCCUGGUGCGGCAACAUGCCCAUGCCACAGCCCAAAGGAAGUUCCUUUUGAUAGUGGCCCAACUGAAUAUCCUCCCUCGCUUCGUGAGGAACCUGCGGGAGUUGGCCAUGGCGCACAGCGAGCAGCUACUCCUUUUGGGAGCCUGCGAGGGUUUCGAUCUCGCCAUGCGUUGCCCCCUGUCGCAGCACCACAAAUCCCUGGAGUAUCCUAGACUGCUGUCACGCGGCAAAUUCUGCCUGCUAACCCGCAGUCUUCGCUUGGGUCAGCCCGAUCUGGUGGAGAUAAUGUCGCAGCACUGCAUUCCCGUGAUUGCCGUGGAUAACUAUGUGAUGCCCUUCGAGGAUGUGAUCGAUUGGUCGCUGGCCUCCGUUCGCAUACGCGAAAGCGAGCUGCAUUCCGUGGUGCAGAAGCUAAAGACGAUAUCCAGCGUUAAAGUCGUUGAGAUGCAAAAGCAAGUUCAGUGGCUGUUCUCCAAGUAUUUCAAGGAUCUGAAGACCGUCACGCUGACUGCUCUAGAGGUGCUGGAGAGUCGAAUCUUUCCGCUGCGAGCACGCAGCAGUCGCCAGUGGAACGCCAUUGACACCAACGCCCGUUCCACCUUCAAUCCCCUUUUCCUGCCUUCGCUGGCGCCAAAGUCGCAGGGUUUUACCGCCGUCAUCCUCACCUACGAUCGCGUGGAGAGUCUCUUUCUGCUGAUCCAGAAGCUGGCUGUGGUGCCCUCGUUGCAAAGUAUUUUGGUGAUUUGGAACAACCAGAAGAAGUCUCCGCCGCACUUGUCCACAUUUCCAUCUAUAUCGAAGCCCUUGAAAAUUCGUCAAACCAAGGAGAACAAGCUUUCCAACCGAUUCUAUCCAUAUCCAGAAAUCGAAACGGAAGCUAUUUUAACCAUAGACGACGACAUCAUCAUGCUGACAACAGAUGAGUUAGAUUUUGGCUACGAGGUCUGGCGUGAGUUCCCCGAUCACAUAGUCGGCUUUCCCAGUCGCAUUCAUGUCUGGGACAAUGUCACCAUGCGCUGGCACUACGAAUCGGAGUGGACGAACCAGAUAUCCAUGGUACUUACCGGAGCUGCCUUCCAUCACAAGUACUGGAGCCACAUGUACACACAUGCCAUGCCCGGGGACAUUAAGGAUUGGGUGGAUGAGCACAUGAACUGCGAGGACAUUGCCAUGAACUUCCUGGUGGCCAACAUCACAAACAAUCCACCCAUAAAGGUAACCCCUCGAAAGAAGUUUAAGUGCCCCGAGUGCACCAAUACGGAAAUGCUCUCCGCCGAUCUGAAUCACAUGCGGGAACGGUCAGCAUGCAUUGAUCGCUUCUCCAAGAUCUACGGCCGUAUGCCGCUGCGCACGGUGGAGUUUAGAGCGGACCCGGUGUUGUUCCGGGACAACUUCCCGGACAAGUUGAAGCGCUACAACGACAUUGGUAGCUUAUAAGAGUCCUAAGCUCUGAACAUGACAUUCCAGUGGAACCGUAGGAGAUAUACCAAAGACUUGUGGGCUCAACUCCUCUAAUGGAAAACUUUAGUUGCAGUCGAAUAUAUCAUAGGAAUAUCUUAUUGCCAUCAUAUCUGGAUCUCGCUUAGAUGUGAAAUGUGAAAGAGGCGAUUAAUAGGGGCUGUUCCGGUUUUAU